AUGAAUGGACAUACGGAACAUCGAAGUGGUAAAUGGAAUCGACAAGAGUUAUACCGUUCAACAAUGCAAGCAUUAGAGGGUAGAUGCUCUACACGAUCAAAUGUUGCCAAAGAAUUUGAAAUUCAAAUACGUGAAUUCACUGCUACUUUAGAAUGUCAUUUGGUUGAUCUCCUUCGAAAACGUCUUGAAGAACUGAAUGAACCGGAUCGUUUGCUUAUUUCGAGGCUGAACAGAGCUUUAUGCGAGUUGGGAGAUAGUAAUUCGUCGGUGCUCAGUCGACCGCUUUAUCAUAUGUUGUCGCCCACCAGGCCAGCUCAUCAAGUUUGGACUAUGUGUACCAAGGAUCCUGAACGUUUGAAGGAUUUGAUUUCUGAAGUUUGUCGUAUGGCCAAUAUUACAUGCGAUAAUGGAGACGAACAGAAUUCAUGUCAAGUAAAAUUUAGCGCUGCACUACCAUCAGCAUGGAGUGCUGCUGACUGUGCUAAAUACUUGAUUGAAAAACAAGAAGUAGCAAAUGAUAUACUAUCUGAACGACGAGCACGACAUUUCGGCAGUUAUCGUAGCAUGAAAAAUGGGUAA